UGUGGAGCAUACACCUACGUGAAUACCUAGAUAGGUAGGUAUAUUCUUCAACCCCUGGAAUGGCACAGGUGAAUACUUAUAUAUUGCGCAAGAUGGCACUCCAACGUUUCCUCAGACUCAGUUUUAUCCAUAUCCAAGAACCAAUUGUCGCACACACAUAAUAUGGCAGCCGAAUCAUACGACUUUGUUAUAAUAGGGGGUGGAACAGCCGGGCUUACCGUUGCGACUCGGCUUUCAGAAGAUCCUAAUAAGAGUAUUCUUGUGAUCGAGGCUGGAUCUAAUCACAGCAAAGACCCACGAGUUAAGACACCAGCCCUCUUUGGAACUAUGAUGAAUACCGACCUUCAUUGGGGCUUUCAAACAAAGGCUCAGGCAAACAUGAAUCUUAGAAGGAUGAACAUGAGUCAAGGCAGAAUUCUCGGUGGUUCGAGUGCAGUGAACGCAGAAAUCUUUCUUCCUCCUACUAAGAAACUAAUCGACUCCUGGGCUUCGCUCGGAAACGACGGCUGGGACUGGGACGGUCUUGGCCAGUAUUACGCCAAAACAUUUACCUCACCACAGAUACCAGAGACCUUAGAACGGAGUCUAGGCAUUGACAGGUGGGCCAUCAAGAAUGACAUCUCCAAGGGGCCGCUUGAACUCUCCUUCCCCGGUAAUCCAAGCCAUCCUAUUCGCAAAGCUUGGGCGGAGACAUUCAGGAACAUGGGAUAUCUUAUGGCAAAUAAUCCCUUUGUAGACCCAUCGAUUGGAGUCGGCGCCUUUAGUAACCUCGCAAACAUAGAUCCAGUGAAAAAGGAAAGAAGCCAUGCCGCCAACGCAUACUACGACCCAAUAAAAAGUCGGAAGAAUCUCCACGUCGUGACCGGUGCUUUGGCUGAAAGGGUUCUUUUUCGGGAACGCUCAACAACAGCCAUAGGGGUCCAAUAUCGCCAUGGUACCGAAGCGAAGAUCGCGAAGGCUCGCAAGGAGGUCAUCCUUGCGGCCGGUGCUCUGCAAACACCUAAAAUACUAGAACUUUCCGGCGUCGGCAACGCAGAUGUCCUCAACCGACACGGUAUCGAGGUUGUGAAGAACAUAGAGAGUGUCGGAGAAAACUUCCAAGACCAUCUGCUUUGCGGCAUGGUAUUUGAGGCAAACGAUGACAUAGAAACUCUUGACGUCCUUUUCGAGCCCAAGGACUUAGAACAGGCCAUGAACGAGUACGCGAGAAGCCGCACUGGCCCGCUCUCAACCUGUGGCAUCCAUACGUGUGCCUAUAUGCCAGUGACCAAGCACCAGUCUGAGGCUGGUCAAAAGUCGUUGAAAGAGCUGCUGCAAAAGAACCGUCCUCCCGUGGAAACGCCUUCGGAUCAUAGCCAAGCUCGAGCUGCGGCAUAUUACGAAAUAGCGGAGAAGACCUUGCUAGAUCCCAAAGCGCCAUCGGCUGCUUAUAUCACAAGUCUCGUGCAAGGCGGUUUCGCGCCCGACCCUCUCACCGGAAAGCCACCGCCGCCCGUGUCAGGCAGGUACAUCGAGUUCAUCACCAUACUAGCGCAGCCGCUCUCGAGGGGAAGUGUCCAUAUCGCGUCCCAGGACAUUUCAGAGGAUCCCGUUAUCGACCCCAAGUACCUAACGAACCCCGUGGACCUCGAUAUCUUCGCGGAGCACGUACUUUCUCUCCCCGCUCUCGCCGCGUCGCAGCCCCUCACGAACUUACUCAAACAGCCGCUAAGGAUAUCCCCUUCGUCAGCUACCUUCGCCGACUUGGAUGCCGCGAAAGAGUAUAUUAGGGGCCGGUCUAUCUCGAUGUGGCACCCCGCGGGGACGUGCGCGAUGCUUCCGGAGAGCAAGGGAGGGGUCGUCGAUACCAGGUUGAAGGUUUACGGUAUCGAAAAUCUCCGCGUUGUCGAUGCUAGCAUCGUUCCCCUACUCCCCCCUGGAAACCUGCAGUCAACGGUGUAUGCGGUUGCGGAAAAGGCCGCCGAUCUGAUAAAGAGCGAACAUGGGAUGAACCAAGUCAAUUGAACGCCGAAGUUUCAUGUAUAUUCUAGUUGUUAUAUAGGGAUUCAGUUAUACAGAAUAAGAAAUAGACAGG